AUGGCCCCAAAACGUCGCAGAACAGGAUGUAUCAAUUGCCGCAAUCGCCGUGUCAAGUGUGACGAGUCCAGGCCGUAUGCACAGUUGCCAGACCCAGAGGCAGCUCUGCCGUCAAUCGAACCACAACCGCCGAUUGUGACAGACGAGGUCAUAGAUCUCGUUCUCAAAUACCAAUCGGGUAUUGGUGCUUGGAUGGACGUCCUUGAUCACUCGUCCAACUAUCGGCGGCAAGUCACACGGCGUGCGGCGUCGUCUGCACUCCUCAUGUAUUCCAUCUGUGCCUUGUCUGCAAAGCAGAUGAGCCUGGUUGGAGAACAUUCGGUCUGGGAGCCGGUAGCUGGUCGCUUUUAUGGACAGAGUUUGAGAUUACUCAUUCAUGACUUGAAUCAGCUUGAUGCAAGGUACGAUGAGGUUUUUGUCGCAACCAUUCUUCUCUGCAGUUAUGAGUUGCUGGCGAAUCCAGGCCCAGACUACAGAAAGCAUCUUGAGGGCGUAAGUUCUCUUCUUCGGUCUCAUUGCUUGUCUUCCAUCACUACAGAUCUCGACAAGGCGAGUUUUUGGAUCUAUGCGCGACAUGACGUUGCAAUGGCUCUCAUCAACUACUGCCCUACACUGAUUGCAGCUCGCGAAUGGCCAGAUGCCAUGUCUGGUAGCAACUUGGAAGAAGAUGCUACUGGUAAUCAGAUCCUUUGGUUACUUGCCAAAGUCAUUGAGCUCCGUUUUGCGCCGCCUGGCAGUAUUCCAGAUGAUUGCCAACAGAAUCUUCGAGAAACUGGCACAGAGGUGGACAAAUGGUGGGACAACCUUCCAUCAACAUCACGCGGGCUAUCAUCUGGUGAGGUAUCUGAAGAUGGUCUUUCCCAGCUGUGGUUUUGCGUUCAGUCUGCCGGUUAG